AAAUGUUAAGAAGCAAUUGAAUGUUUCGACAAAGCUAUUGCUAUUAAUCCAAAUUAUGAUAAAGCAUGGAAUAACAAGGGUAGUUAAUCUUUAAAAAUCAUAAUUUAGGAUUUACAUUAGAUAAAUUGAAUAAAUAUUAAGAAGCAAUUGAAUGUUACGACAAAGCUAUUGCUAUUAAUCCAAAAUUUGAUAAUGCAUGGAAUAACAAGGGUAGUUAAUCAUUAAAAAUCAUAAUUUAGGAUUGGCAUUAUAAAAUAUGAA